AUGGAGCUACUGGAAGCGCGUGUACAAUUUGUCCGAGCAGGUGCUCGCUCAGCGCGUACCGUGUCAAAAGUGUAUUUCAAUCCCAAUGAUAUGUCAUAUUUUCGAAUUGAAUCAGGUGGUUAUGUGGAGCUCUAUACAUUUGACAAGGAGAAGAACACAAACAAAUUGUUGCUCUGUGGACUAGCGUGGCCAAUGGACAAGAUUAAACGACGUGGCAUCGGUAUAAGCUGCAUGUGGGAAGCGAUAGUGAAAGAGAAAGAGGUUGAUAUGGUGACGAUACAAAUGCUACAGAGUUCUAUCUCGAUAGCUAAGAAUGUGGCGCUGCAGCUGGUGUCCAGAGCGUCAACGCGCAAAUGGAAGCUCUCGGAAAAGGAGCGCUCGCUGUUGACGCAAUGUAUUGCUGCUAUGAUUGAUGGAUCCUUGUUGCAUGAGAAUGCAUUAAUUUCAUUGCCUUUGCAUGGAGUGAGCACGGUGUUCCGGGUACAAAGGGUUGAUGGAGAGAAGGAGAAAGAGGAGAGGAUUGUAAAAGUUCUCGCGGCAAAGACAGUGCUUACGAUCGUGUGGGAGGAAAAGCAGGAAUAUGGUAUGCUAGAAACGAAGGGUAGCAGGCCUAGUGAGGUGAAGGUGAAAGAAAAGCAAGACGGGUUUGCUGCUAUUGGUGGUCUGCAUGAGGAGCUGAAUGCUGUUCGAGAGGUAGUAGAACAGCCACUCAUAAACCCAGAGGCAUUUGAACGCUUUGGUUUGCCGGCUCCAAAAGGUGUUUUAUUAUUUGGUCCUCCUGGUACGGGUAAGACAUUGAUUGCAAGGGCCUUGGCGCAGGAACUAAAUGCGCGUGUGUUCACAAUCAAUGGACCAGAAAUCGUAAGUAAGUUUGUUGGUGAGAGUGAGGCGAAUUUGCGAGCUGUAUUUGCAAAAGCUGCCAGAAAAGCUCCAUCACUUGUAUUCAUUGACGAAUUAGAUGCUAUUUGCCCAAAGCGCGACUUACGUGUCGGAGAUAUGGAGCGGCGUCUGGUGGCUACUUUACUUACACUGAUGGAUGGGCUAAGCUCUUCUCGCCAAGUCGUCGUGCUGGCUGCUACUAAUAGACCCAACGCCCUUGACCCUGCCAUAAGAAGACCAGGCCGUUUUGACCGCGAAGUCGAGAUUGGAGUUCCGACAGCAACUGACCGACUGGCAAUACUGCGCGUGGCUCUAAGACGGAUUCCUCAUAAGCUUACCAAUUCUGAACUCCAGGACCUGAGCUCAAGCGCUCAUGGGUAUGUUGGAGCUGAUCUUAGCGCUCUUUGCAAGGAAGCCGCGUUGCUUGCACUUCACCGCGCAUUUGCGAACAGCGCUCAGUCAAAUGGGGCUGUUCUAGCUGACAACGCUUUGCUUCCGUCCUAUCAAGUGACUUUAAGUGAUCUAAAGGUAGCUAUGCGAGGGAUACGGCCAAGUGCCUUGCGUGAGAUUUCAGUGGAUGUGCCCCGUGUACUAUGGAGCGAUAUUGGUGGUCAGGAUGCGCUUAAGCAAGCUCUUCGAGAGGCAGUGGAAUGGCCACUGCAACACCCGGAAGCUUUUACUCGAAUGGGUAUUCGCCCUCCGAAGGGUGUGCUCUUGUACGGCCCACCAGGUUGUAGCAAGACACUAGCAGCAAAGGCUUUGGCCACUGAGAGUGGUAUGAAUUUCAUUGCUAUCAAAGGACCGGAACUGUUUAGUAAAUGGGUUGGGGAAUCAGAGCAACAAGUACGUGAGGUCUUUCGAAAAGCACGCGCUUCUUCGCCGACUGUAGUUUUUUUUGACGAAAUCGAUGCACUUGCAAGUACUCGUGGAUCAGGAGGCAGUAGCGGCGCCUCCGACCGCGUACUGAGUCAGCUGCUGACCGAGCUGGAUGGAUUAGAGCCACUAAAGCGCGUGUUGGUGGUAGCUGCGACGAAUCGCCCGGACCUUUUGGACCCGGCUCUAAUGAGGCCGGGCCGCAUUGAUCGUGCACUCUACGUGUCUCCACCAGACGUCCCUGCUCGCGAGCAGAUCCUGCGUAUUCACACGCGGAAAACGCCGCUGGCAUCGGAUGUGAGUAUGAGUGAACUAGCCAUUGCAACUGCUCGGUUUUCAGGUGCAGAGCUUCAAGCUCUCUGUCGUGAAGCUGCUCUACAUGCGAUCGAAGAAGAUCGUGCAGCUAUGAAUGUAGCAAAGCGUCACUUUGUCCGCGCACUAUCAGUGGUGACACCACAGAUCGACGAUCGGAUGCUGAGAUUUUUCGAGCGGUUUCGGGACGGGCAACGAAGAUAG